GUCCACGCAGAUGACUUACACUGAGGUGAGACUGGCACCAGGAUCCUGGCAGCCCUCAGAGGUUGGAACGGGUACACUACACUACACCACACUAGGUAGUUACUGGUGAUCAAGGGGACUUUCGUGUCCCAGGGCACUGGUCCCUUGCUUUUUCGGUUCCGUCAUGUCAAGGGCCGCGUGGCUGGACCCUGCUUUCCGGACGACACGGUGGGCGUUCCCAAUGCCCAGUGCAGAUGCGUCUCCUGCCAGCUGCUCUGCCGGGUUUAUGGACACUACUGCGUGUGAGUUGUGUACAUGUUUAGCCCGUCGUGGUUGAUUGCGUAAAGGUGCGUUAUUUCUGUGUCCAAUUGAGCUCUACCACAAUACGUUACUCCAAUAUAGCGACUGUUACUUGCCGAGCCGACUGCAUUCCCCAGAACAGGGUGGCUCUAUCCGCGCAUGGCUGACCCUCCCGUCCUCCGUUCACCCUCCUUCCCCUUCCCUUCCCCAGAGUUCCAGCAGGGCCUGCUCUGGUGGCGGGUGGACCGUGGCCCGCCGCGUCUGUCUCCAGAGACCCGCAAACCGCGCGACCCCCAGCUUGCUCCAGAGCAUCUGGCUCGGAUGUCUCGUCGGGUACGGACACCUCAUCCAACUACAAGUGCAUACCAUCUGGGACCCACCAGGGUUGGUUAGCCUACCUAGCUGGACAUGGAGCGUCUGCCAUCUGUUUGGCGAGCCCCCAUUUCCUUCAUAAACAGCCGUCUUCCCGCGCUUAGAGCCUGCGCUUCUCCUGUCCUUCCUUAUUGUUGUCUCCCACGUGCCCGCGCCCUACCCUGCACCUCUGCUCCCCGCCAGCUCCUGUCCCCCGUACCGGCCUUCUUUCGUGUCCGUCCUCUCCAAACAAUUAUGACCGUCACCAACGGUGCUGCCAAUGGCAGCCGAGCCACUCGGCGGCCGCUGCCGUGCGGCAUCUACGCCCCGACCAUGACCUUCUUCGACCCGGACACCGAAGACCUCGACAUCCCCACCAUCAAGAAGCAUGCCGAGCGUCUUGUCCGGGACGGUUUAGUAGGCCUCGUCACCAUGGGCUCCAACGGAGAGGCCGUCCACUGCACACGAGAAGAGAAACUGGAGGUGACCCGAGCAACACGAGAAGCCCUCGACGCGGCCGGCUUCACCGAGACGCCGAUCAUCAUCGGCGCUACCGAGGGCAGCGUGCGCGGGACGAUCGAGCUGUGCAAGCUGGCCGAGGCCGCCGGCGCCGACUACGCCUUGCUCCUCCCGCCGUCCUACUUCCGGUUCCUCAUGGACGAGCAAGCCGUCUACGACUACUUCGUUGCCGUCGCCGACGAGAGCCCCCUGCCGCUCAUCCUCUACAACUACCCCGGCGCGGUGGCCGGCAUCGACAUGGACUCGGACCUGCUGAUCCGCUUGGCCGCCCACCCCAACAUCGUCGGCACCAAGUUCACGUGCGGCAACACGGGCAAGCUGACGCGCGUCGCGCUCGCCACCAACGCCAAGACGCCCUGGUCCGAGGGGUCCGGCUACAUGGCCUUCGGCGGCAUGUGCGACUUCACCGUGCAGACGCUCGCCAGCGGCGGCAGCGGCAUCAUCGCGGGCGGCGCCAACGUCAUGCCCAAGGUGUGCGUGCGGGUCUGGAACCUGUACGCCGAGGGCAAGAAGGAGGAGGCCAUCGCGCUGCAGAAGACGCUGUCCAAGGGCGACUGGGUGCUUACCAAGACUGCCAUUGCCGGCACCAAGCAGGCGAUCCAGAGCUACUUUGGCUAUGGGGGCUACCCCCGGCGCCCGUUGAAGCGGCUAGACAAGGCGCGCGUGGCGGCGGUUGAGGAGGGCGUGAAGGAGGUGCUGGAGCUGGAGAAGUCGUUAUAGCGACGGGUGGAGGCUCUGGAUGUUGUUGGCUAGGUAGUCGCUCGUCUGUUUGUAGGAGGAAGCCAGUCCGCCGAAGUUUGGUUGGGGUGGCGGCACAUCGGCGCGCUGCUGCGGGAUGGACGAAUAAGCCAUCGUGGCUUGGACAAGCUCAUUGCAUUUGGGUAUGACGGAUUGCAUCUGGUGUUUCUACUCCUACUGAGGGCAUGCCAUAAACAAGAAAACGGUUUUU